AUCCGAGACUUGAUGAAUUUUAUCAAAUAUUAUCUUGAAGGAAAUACUCUACACCGAUGUGCACUGGCAACCGGCAUGGAUUACAAAUGCACAGCUGUAAAUUGGGCAAGUUAUAUACGUGAACUUUUUUGUCAUUAUGUACAUCAACAAUAUCAAAUGAUAUAUUUCAUGGGAGAUGUAGAAAUCGAUAAAAGUUUAUUUGGACGAAAAAUGAAAUACAAAAGGGGAAAUCCACGAGGUCUAAAAUUAGGAUUUUUUGGAAUAAUUGAAAGAGAGAGCAACAUAAUAAUUCUGUAUCUUGUUGACAACUGUGAUGCAAAUACAUUAAUUCCUAUCAUUCAAAGACAUGUGAGUCCUGGAUCAAGAAUAUUUUCUGACAGCUGGGCCGCUUACUUGCAGCUGAAUAGUUUAGGAUAUGAACAUUACUCGGUGUGCCAUAAAACAAAUUUUAACAAAAAGUAUAAGAACGUUGAAACGGGUGAAAUCAUAAACUGCUGUACAAACCAAAUUGAAGGUGUGUGGAAAAUAUGCAAAGACCAUUUUAGAAAAAUCAAUGGUACCAAUACCAAAAUGUUCGAACAACAUGUAGCAGAAAUAAUAUAUGAAGAAAUCAUACCCAUAAACAAAAUAUUUAUGUGGCAUUUUUUAAUCUUCUGA